GGAAGCCCCGAGUCUGAUCGAGGCUCUCCUCCACGAUUCGCACGACAACGACAACGCUGCUACAUCGCAAUUGCACCCUCUUUCUCCCAUAAACCGGGUCCCAUUACAGACUUCAGCUUCUACAUUUUCCCUCUCCUCAUUUUGUUGCUAUUCCUGGGUCUUGGUGUCUUGGUUUUGUCCCUCCCUCCGGAUUCACGCGCCGUUGCUCUUUCAAUGAAUUCAUAACAUCGGGAUGCUUUGAAUAUAUCAACAAUGCAACCUUCAUCGCUAGGCGGCUCUCCGAGGCGCAACAAUCCCUUCGGCCGGCACUCCCCCUCCCCCUCUCCCAGUCCUCAGGUACCGCCUUCACGUCCAAAAUCUGCAGUUUUUUCAACAUCCAUUGCGGAAUUUGAGAAACGAUCACAUGGACGUAACUCAUCCUUGUCACACUCCCCAGCGGUUACAGUUGUAUCAGAUAGCCGACAUCGAUCAACUUCUUUUCGACAGAAUAUUCACACAUCGGGGACCUUCGCGCCUCAGUUUAUCAAGUCUGAAGAGCUGCGGAGAGGAACGGAUCCAGUACAUGGCCUGGAAGGCAAUAAUGACUUCUCGGGGAAGCGCUAUGUGUGGCUGAAAGAUGCCGAAAAGGCUUUCGUUAGAGGCGAGGUGGUCGAAGAAAGGGACAAUGGCGAGUUGUCAGUGCGAUGUGAAGACGGUAGUGAACGAAAUGUCAACUCGGAGCAUGUUGAUAAAGUAAACCCAGCAAAGUUCGAUAAAGCCGAUGACAUGGCUGAAUUAACGCAUUUAAAUGAAGCGUCUGUGGUGCACAAUUUGCACUUGCGAUACCAGUCGGACCUUAUCUAUACAUAUUCCGGACUUUUCUUGGUGACAGUAAACCCGUAUUGUCCACUCCCAAUCUACACGAAUGAGUAUGUGAGAAUGUAUAAAGGACAAAACAGAGAGGACACGCGACCACAUAUUUUUGCAAUGGCAGAUCAAGCUUUCCGGAAUCUUGUGGAAGAGGGUGAGCACCAGAGUAUUCUUGUGACGGGUGAGUCAGGCGCUGGAAAAACCGAAAACACCAAAAAGGUCAUCCAGUAUCUGGCGGCAGUAGCCACUUCCGAAGCAUCUGCAUCUCGAUCCACAGGAAAACAACUCUCCAAUCUUUCUCAGCAAAUUCUUCGCGCCAAUCCUAUUCUAGAGGCUUUCGGAAAUGCCCAGACAGUGCGGAACAACAAUUCUUCACGAUUCGGAAAAUUUAUACGAAUAGAGUUCACACGCUCUGGUCAAAUAUCUGGUGCUUAUAUUGACUGGGUUUUGCUGGAAAAGUCAAGGGUGGUGAAACCUAAUAACCGAGAACGAAAUUACCAUAUCUUCUACCAGCUUCUACAAGGUGCUGACAAGGAGCUCAGGCAGAACCUACUCCUGUUUGAUUUACAAAUUGAAGAUUUUGCGUAUACCAAGGACGGCAACGACUCGAUCGCCGGAGUCUCCGAUACCGAGGAGUGGAAUUCACUCAUGGAGGCAUUCCAGGUCAUGAAUUUCUCCAACGACGACCGUUUGUGCAUUCUACGUACAAUAGCGGCUAUUUUGCAUCUCGGAAACAUUACUGUCACCAAAGAGAGUAUUCGCGGUGACCAGGCCGCCUUGGCACAUGAAGCUUAUGAAAGUCUGGAAAAAGCAUGUCGUCUCCUUGGAGUGGACAUGGACACUUUCGAAAAGGGCCUUCUACACCCACGAGUUAAAGCUGGCCGGGAGUGGGUUGAAAAAGUCCAAACACCUGAACAGGUUAGACUGGCUCUUGAUGCGUUGGCGAAAGGCAUUUACGAGAGAUGCUUUGGUGAUCUGGUCAACCGCAUCAACAAUCAAUUGGAUAGACGUAGCCAAACAAGUGACGACACCUUUUUUAUCGGCGUGUUAGACAUUGCGGGGUUUGAAAUUUUCGAAACGAACAGCUUUGAGCAACUCUGCAUCAAUUACACUAACGAAAAACUUCAGCAAUUCUUCAACCAUCACAUGUUCGUUCUUGAACAGGAAGAAUAUGCCAGAGAACAGAUUGAGUGGCAAUUUAUCGAUUUUGGAAAAGACCUUCAGCCGACAAUCGACCUUAUUGAACUGACCAAUCCUAUUGGUAUUUUUUCGUGUCUAGAUGAAGAUUGUGUGAUGCCUAAAGCUUCUGACAAGUCAUUUACUGAGAAAUUGCAUUCUCUCUGGGAUGGAAACUCUCCUAAGUAUCGCCCAUCACGGUUAAAACAAGGCUUUGUUUUAACGCAUUAUGCGGCCGAGGUUGAAUAUACAACUGAUGAUUGGCUGGAGAAGAAUAAAGAUCCCUUGAACGAUAACGUAACUCGUUUGCUGUCUUCUUCAACUGACAAGCACGUGGCAAAUCUGUUCUCGGAUUACAUCGAUGCGGAUGACGAGCAAGGCUUUUCACGAAGCCGAGUGAAGAAAGGACUUUUCCGCACUGUGGCUCAGAGACAUAAGGACCAACUAUCAAGCUUGAUGAACCAGUUGCACUCUACACACCCCCAUUUUGUUCGCUGCAUAUUGCCAAAUCAUAAGAAAAGACCAAAACUUUUCAACGCACCUCUCGUUCUCGAUCAAUUGCGUUGCAAUGGUGUCCUUGAAGGAAUUCGCAUUGCUCGUACUGGCUUUCCGAAUCGUCUGUUGUUUAGCGAAUUCCGUCAACGUUAUGAAGUCCUAUGUCGCGAUAUGCCUAAAGGAUAUUUGGAAGGGCAGAAUGCCGCCCAGAUUAUCUUAACAAAACUAGGUCUAGACAAGACGUGGUAUCGAGUUGGCCGAACUAAGGUAUUUUUCAGGGCUGGUGUUCUCGCAGAGCUUGAGGAGCAGCGCGAUGCUCUUAUCCGCGAAAUUAUGACUCGCUUUCAAUCGGUCGCCAGGGGUUUCGUUCAGAGACGCAUAGCCAAUAAGCGCUUGUAUAGGGCAGAGGCCACUCGAAUUAUCCAGAGAAAUUUUCAUGUUUACUUGGAUAUGCAAUCAAAUCCUUGGUGGAGACUCUUUACAAAGAUGAAGCCUCUACUCGGUGCUACUCGAACUGCCGCGGAAGUGAAGAGGCGAGACGAAAAAAUCGAGAAACUUGAGAUGUGGAGAUCAACCGUAUUAAACAGACUCUGGAGAGCGAGCGAGCUCUUGCUUUGGAUAAAGAAGAGAUUUUCAAGCGCCUUCAGGUGAGAGAGGUUGAGUUGAGCGAUAAGCUAGCAGGAGCCAUUGCCGACCAGGAGAAGCUCGAAGAUCAAUUGGACGAGCUUAUCGAUGCAAAGCGAAAGGCAGAAGACCAACUCGACUCUAGGAAGGUUCAGCUGG